AUGUCUCCCCCAAUGGUCGCUGGCAAGGAGAAGGAGUCAAACGUCGCCCGACUCCUGGGAUCCGGCACUGCCGGUAUCUCUGAGCUGGCCGUCUUCCAUCCCGUCGACACCAUCGCCAAGCGUCUGAUGAGCAACCAGACCAGGAUAACCAACGCCUCGGAGCUGAACACGGUCAUCUUCAAGGACAAGGCCACCGCCCCCGUCAGCCGCAAGUUCUUCUCCCUCUUCCCCGGCCUGGGCUACGCCGCCGGCUACAAGGUCCUGCAGCGCAUAUACAAGUAUGGCGGUCAGCCCGUCGCCAGGGACUACCUGACCGUCCACUUCGGCAAGGACUUUGAGAACGCAUUCGGCAAGAAGACGGGCAAGGCCAUCCUGCACUCGACUGCCGGAAGUUUGAUCGGUAUCGGAGAGAUCGUCCUCCUCCCCCUGGACGUCCUCAAGAUCAAGCGUCAGACAAACCCCGAGGCCUUCCGCGGCCGUGGCGUCAUGAAGAUCAUCGCCGACGAGGGCUUCGGUCUGUACCGUGGAUGGGGCUGGACUGCCGCCCGCAACGCCCCCGGAUCCUUUGCUCUCUUCGGAGGUUCCGCCUUCACCAAGGAGUACGUCUUCGGCCUCAGCGACUACAACAAGGCCUCGUGGUUCCAGAACUUCAUCGCCUCCAUCGGCGGUGCCACCGCCUCGCUCGUUGUCUCCGCCCCGCUCGAUGUCAUCAAGACCCGUAUCCAGAACCGCAACUUCGACAACCCCGAGAGCGGCUUCCGCAUCCUGUCCAACAUGGCCAAGAACGAGGGCUUCGGAAGUUUCUUCAAGGGCCUGGUGCCCAAGCUGCUCAUGACCGGUCCCAAGCUCGUCUUCUCCUUCUGGCUCGCACAGACCCUGAUCCCGGCGUUCGACGGCAUGCUCAAGAAAUAG